CUUGUAUCACAAUACAUAUCUAAAGAACAAAGUGCUUCUUCAAGAACAAAGUGCUUUCAAUAAUCUGCAACAAGACAAGGAGCUAAAAGCAAAAGCAAGAGAUCGUCUAGCAAGUUAAGGCAAAAAAUGGAAGGUUUGAUUCCAUUUCUUAUUCAUGCAAUCAAGAAGCAAAGUCCUCAGCACAGGAUGAUCAGAUCGUUUUCUGCUUCUGAGAGCAACUCCAACCGUAGCUACCAUCCUCUGCUGACCGGCCAGGAUUCAGUGGAGGGCUCGUCUCACCGCAGGACAAGGUCGGAGUUCCAGCCUCCCACCUUCAUUAAGGAAGAAGCGGGUGUUUCCGCUGCUGCUCCUUCGGUGUUCAUUGGAUCGAAGAUGGGUUCCUAUCCUUACCAAGGCUCUAAUGUAGGCAUGACUAGAAGGAAGUGAUAGAUAUGUUCAUCCCAAAUAUUUCAUUGAUUUUUUUGUCUUUUGGGGGUGGGUUGUGUUUUAAAGCAGGAACAAAGUGUUCAAAGGUGGAGCUUCUAUCAGACUAGCAAUUCAUUUACAUGUAAAAGUUCAAUAUGUUAAUAAAAAUAACAUAUAUAUAAUUGUAUGUAGAUAAUAUUGUCGAAACUGAAAUUUGAAAGUAAUUAAGCAGUGUUCAGUGUAAGUUAAUUCUGA